AGCGUAGGUCAGCUGCGCGGCUGCGCGAUGUCGGCUGGCGGCUGUUGUCCUGCCAAGACCUCGAACGCCGUCAACGCCGUCCCUUCAGAAAACCAUGCAUAAUCCCAGGCAGACGGGCGACACGGAAUCCAGUCGCGCUGCAUUAGUGCCGCCGUGAAGAUAAGGACCGACCUGCCGCCCUGCUCCGUAGCAAGCAGCAGCAGCUUCAAGAGUCCGCAACGAUGCCUCGGCCCCUACCCUCCACCGCCGACGGCGGCGGCGGCGGUUGCACGGAUCCCCGACGAGAACGGGUCCUGCGAGCAGCGCGAUCUUCGAGUCCGCGACAUCACCGCGGAAAUGGGACGGACGCCGACAGCUAGGUCUACAACCGCAACGCACGCAAAGGAAGCUAACCACAGCACCGCAGCGACCACCUCCACCGCGCAGCCACGGCAGGCUGGGCCCGGAAGGAGACCGUACUGUCGCUAGGCCUAACGCCGCUGCCGCUUCCGAAGUCGUGCUCGCUCGUCCUCGGUGGGCGCCUCGGUUUCGGCUGCGUUGCACCGUCGCACGCGCUGUUCGACUGGCGUGGCCGUGCUGACCGACGGACGGUGUCCGUGCAAGCGUCGUGCAGCGGCAACAACUUGGUUCGUUCUGCGUGUGGUUUGUUUUUGUUUUUGGUGGAGGCGGCGGCGGCGGCGGGGGUGGUUGUAAUGGUGGCCGACGUUGUUGUGCCUGCCCUGCCCGCACGACGGCCCCAGGACUGAAGCUCGGCCCGACCGUGGCCCCUCGCGAGGAACUUAGCAUGGCGUACCGUCGAAAGACGGACACGGGAAGCGGUCAAGGCGGCGGGGGUGCCGGCGGCGGCGGAGGCGCCGUCGAGGAGAACCCCAACCAGAUCGUCUGUCGAAAGAUGGAGCACAUAGUGGAAAGGAUGCAGGACGAACAGGCUGGGGUGCCGGUGCGAACAGUCAAGAGCUUCAUGUCCAAGAUACCCAGCGUCUUUACCGGCGCUGAUCUCAUUGCUUGGAUGAUGAAGAACUUGGAUGUCGACGACCAGACAGAAGCAUUGCACCUGGCACACCUCAUGUCCUCGCAUGGCUACUUCUUCCCCAUCGAUGACCACAUGCUCACCGUGAAGGCCGACGGAACCUUCUACAGGUUUCAGACGCCUUACUUCUGGCCGUCAAACUGCUGGGAACCUGAAAAUACUGACUAUGCUGUGUACCUGUGCAAGAGAACAAUGCAGAACAAGACACGACUGGAGCUGGCCGACUACGAGGCGGAAAACCUGGCUCGGCUUCAGAAGAUGUUCUCUCGCAAGUGGGAGUUCAUUUUCAUGCAGGCCGAAGCGCAAGCCAAAGUGGACAAAAAGAGGGACAAAUUGGAACGGAAAGUGCUGGAUAGCCAGGAGAGGGCAUUCUGGGAUGUACAUAGGCCCGUGCCGGGCUGUGUAAAUACUACGGAAAUCGACAUUAAAAAGGCCUGCCGUAUGAACAAACCAAUCAAAAGCGCAAAGCACAUGCAAUGUGCAGUACCUGGGGGACGCAUCAGUCCCAGUGUUUCCGAAGGGGACCUCAAUGCCCCUUUAGAGGCCCUCAAACAAGAGAUUGAAAAGCUCAAAAGCCGGCUCGAUAGAAGGAACGUCAAGAUUUCUAAAGUGUCGGAGUCGUACCUGAGUUACUUCGAGCAGUAUCAGGAGUACGACCCCUUCAUCAGCACUCCGGAGCCCUCCAACCCCUGGAUCUCGGACAGCACCGACUUCUGGGAGCUGGAGAAGCAGACGAAAGACAUCCCAGCACGGCGUGUCCGUCGGUGGGCCUUCUCCAUGAAGGAGCUUUUUCGGGACCCGGCAGGGCGGGAGCAGUUCUUCCACUUCCUCGAGAAGGAGUUCAGCGCCGAGAACCUCAAGUUCUGGGAUGCGGUUCAAGAGCUGAAGCAGGUUCAUUCAAAGGAUGUCCCCAUCAAAGUACAAGAGAUCUGGAAUGAGUACCUGGGCACGGAUGCCAACUGUCCUAUUAAUAUAGACUCGAAAAGCUACGAGAUCACUAAGAGGAACAUGGAAAACCCUGACCGGUGGACCUUUGAGGAGGCUGCUGCCCACCUCUACCUUCUGAUGAAGAACGAUAGCUACCCGCGGUACCUGCGCUCCAACAUGUACAAGGAGUACCUAAACGGCACUAAGAAGAAGCAAAGUCGACUGUUCAUCCCCAAGCUGCCCAGUCUUAGCAUAGGAUCGUGAGAAGAAAAACGAGCCAACGCCUCCUCGUCUGCUUUCUCCGCGCCGUUCUGCUGCCCUCCCGCAAAAAGGAAAAAAAAAACACUUAAGAAACCACUGACCGACCUACCAGCCGAGGAAUGCGCGAGUGACGCCCAAGUGAGUGACACUUGCCGCAACGCGGAAACCAAAGAAGCGCAGGGUUACCGAGCAGUCACUGUCGGACCGACCGACCGUCAGACGGGCGCCUCGUGCCGUCGCCUUCCCUGACCCCCGCGCGACGCCGACGAACCCGAAACAACUGCCUGGACGGUGACAGACGACGAACAAGUUGCUCUCCGCAGAGAAAACCAAGUGGGGAUUCCUUUUCUAUUUUAUUAGUUUUCCCGGAGACAGUUUUGUAGGCUGCCAUGUUUGAGUGUGAAGCUCGGUUCGUCGCUUUCGGUCUCGUCGUCUGCUCUCACCGUUUUGUACGAGGUACGACCUUUGUGUUCUUCACAUCCACCCGCCCUGUACAUAGACGGUACUACAUGCACCUCUUAGUUUUCCGUUCAUCGAAGAAAACCGCGUCGUUCCGUUUCCAUGAGAGGGUUCUGUCAAGCGGCGGCGUCUCCCGCCGCCCGCCACCGCCGCACCGGCGCUAGUCACCCGGAUGAAUUCUUUUGUGUUUUUACAUUUUGAUUUGGCUCGAAUGGGCUCUGAACUCUGGUAGUUUGUGCUGGAAUCGCAAAAACAAACAUGUCGGGUUGCAGUUUGCUUGAAAUGAGCAACGUUGUUUGUUCAAGACUGCCGAGCAGUUGCAACGAUGAUACGACAAUCUUUGGAUUGCUAAUGCCGCCGUCGCUUCGGAAAACAAAGAUGGCUGCACCGCGGUAUAGUCGAGUAACUCAAAGAGAGAAACUCUUUGGGAUUUGGGGGGGCAACUGCCAUUCAGCAUUCAUUCAGCGUUUCUUCUUCCAUUCUUUUUCACUAUUUUUAUUUGUUGUGAAAGGUUCACUGCCCUCAGAGAUAGAAGUCAUGAAAUGAGACUGGCAUCAUAUUCCUAUUCUGCAGAAGAAAGCGUUAUUUUGCCGAAUUACAUGACCUGUAGUCUUAAGUUUUCUCACCACGCCCUGUAACUGCUAAUAUAAAGACGUCUGGUCAUUUCAUCAUGCCGGAUUGACGACACAAUUUUGGCCUCCCUGUCCACUCUCUUACCUGAAGCAGGGUUGCUGACUUCCCGGGGUUUUAGUUGCAACUGUGAUGCUUGCUCUACUGUAGGUCCCGUAACAUAAUUAUUUUUUCUUUACCUCAUAAAGAGAAUGGUAUAGUUUAAAAAAAACCUUGCAACUAACUUGAGCCUACUGUUUUUCCUGCAGUAAUUUGUAUUGCAUCUGCCGACUACGAUACUUGAUAACCAAAACGAAGUUGCUAAACCUACCACUAUGUCUCUUGUCUGAAAUUGGUCGCAAAACCUGUCUCAUGUCCGAAAUUGUUCACAAAACCUACUUGUCUUGCAUCUGAAAUAGGUCGUGAAACCUAUCUGUCUUAUUUCUGAAAUUGGCUACACAACCUACUUGUCUUAUCUAUGGAAUCAGUUGCAAAACUUGGGUGUCUUAUGUCUGAAACCGGUCGCAAAACCGUGUCUCGCAUCUGAAAUUGGCUUCACCGCAUCAUCUGCGUUUGGUUACACAGUUAAGCCAUAAGGGCCUGCGGUACCACCCAGGAAAAUCUCACAAGUAGGAGCUGGAGUCUUGCUCGUUGGGUUACUCUAUUCCCCGUUUCUAGUAAAAGUGUUUAUCUUUUUUUCACCCUGAGUUUGUAUGAGCAGUGCCAUUUGCUCUCUAUUGCGCUUGUCUUUAGUUUUCUCACUAGUCUCACAUUUCCACGUUCAGUUAUACAUAAACAGCAAAUAGAAAUGCGUCCUCAUUCUCAUGACAGACUUGGCUCGUUGUGGGAUGGGUCAAAAAAGAAAAAGAACUCUAGAAAAAAAAAAAGAGAGAAAAAAAAAAAUGCAGGAUUAGGUACACAUUCUCACUUUUUAGGACAUAUGCAAAUAGGCUGAAAACACCUACAUACUCACAUACAUUCACUUAGGCCCCCCAAAAAAAAGGAAGGGUACACCGGGAAAUAGAUGCCUAGAUACGGGCGUACCGAAUUUUCUCUUUAUGCAAUUUGUCACUAAAGCCUUCCCGCGAGCAGUCAUGGGGUCUAAAGAUUUCUUUUUUUGUGGUUGACAUGGGAAAACUUACAGAUGCAAUAAUCACGUCAUGGCGAAAUGCCAAGUCUAAAACGGGGACGGAACAAGAGUUGUGUCCACGACAACGGACGCAAACGGGCUUUGUUUUUUUAAACUGUGAUGUGGGGACAGAUUUAAUGCAAGUAAUACAAUGGUUACUCUUCUUAUUUUUUUCUGGACAAUCCAUUUUGUGGGCAAUUAAUUAACCCUAUCGCUCUGGUAUAUUUCGUUUUUUGUGUUAGCCGAAAUGUCUUCCCUUCUUCCCGACAGGAAAAUCUUGUCACGUCCGUUGUUAAUCAAAGUUCCUCGUUUCGCAACCUUCUUUGCACUGUAAA